CUAUAUAUCUUAUUCUAAUUUUAUUUUACUCAAGAAAAUGUUGUCUACAAGAGCCAUGCUCAUCCAAGGCUUCUUGGUCAUGACUGUUUUAAUCUCUUCCAUGGGGGAAGCUAGACAAUUGAAUGAGUAUAAAGAUCAAAAUGGGCCCAAUUUUGACUCUUUUAUACCUAGCCUUCCGAACAUACCAGGACUUCCACCCCUACCAAACAUUCCAGGAAUUCCAGGCUUUCCAGGAUUACCAUGCAUCCCUGGCGUACCAAGCAUUCCAGACUUCCCAUGCAACCCGGACAUUCCAUUCCCAGGUUUUCCAUGCAUCCCAGGCAUACCAAGCAUUCCAGGCUUCCCAUGCAAUCCUAAUUGGCCGAGUCCACCAAAUACACCUUCUGAAUCUCCAAGCUCACCUCCUAAAUCAGAUGAUUCAGCUGCUCAAUCUCCUAGUUAUCCUCCCGAAUCCUCCUAAUUCUUAUGAUGAAUCGUUGAGUUUGCUUGCUAAAUUCCUUAGUUUACAUCCUUAUAAUUGUGAUAUUGCAAAAGUAAUAUGGAUUGUAUCAUUUGUGAUAUUAAUGUGAGAAUAAUAACAAUAAUUUUAAUUAA